AAAGAAAAAACCAGAAACAGCUAGAAGAAAAAAAAGCAAAAACCCACAGAAGAUCAUUGAUCAAGAUGACUGGUUCUGGUUCUCCUUGUGGUGCCUGCAAAUUUUUGAGAAGAAAAUGUGUGAAGGGUUGUGUUUUUGCUCCUUAUUUCUGCCAUGAACAAGGUGCUACACAUUUUGCAGCCAUUCACAAAGUUUUUGGUGCAAGCAAUGCUUCAAAGUUGCUUGCUCAUCUCCCUGUAAGUGAUCGAUGUGAAGCUGCUGUUACAAUUUCUUAUGAAGCUCAAGCUCGGCUUCAAGAUCCCAUCUAUGGCUGUGUUUCUCACAUUUUUGCUCUCCAACAGCAGGUCAUGCAUCUUCAAGCGCAACUUGCUUCUCUCAAAGAACAAGCAGCUCAAAGCAUGAUCAAUACCUCAGCUGCCACAGCAAACCCUAAUGAAAAGUACUAUGGAAAAGCUGCUUCUCUUCCGCAAGAUCUUCAAAGCUGGCUUCAACCGGAUAAUUCAAACAUGGUGCCGCAAUUCAAUCCAAGCCUCGGUAAUGGAAACACAACAUAUGCCGAAAAUGGGUUUUUGGAUCCAUACUCCAUGGGAAAUUAUGGAAAUUCUUCAACAAGUACUUCAUUUGAUAGCUUUGAAGAGGCUUCUCAUUCCAUUUCUUCACUUGACAUGCAAACUGACAACCGGCGAUGGACUUAUCAAGAUUCCGAUGACCUUCGGUCGGUGGCCUUUGGGUAUAUUCAGCACUCAUGAAGAGAGAGAGAGAGAGAGAAGGCUUGUGCAGGAGAUAUAUAACUGGUGAAGACAGAUUGUUUACUGUCAAUUUUUGAAUUGCUGCUGCAUACUUCGAAACAUGCACUUUUGUUGCUAUAAAUAAAAAAGCUAGGAACCCUAGAAAUGUUCAAGCAAAUGAGAAACCCUAAUUAAAUUUCUCCCACCCCCACCACCCCAUUUUAUUCUUCUUUAAUCUAGUGCAAUCUUGAAUAUUUGUAGAAUAUUAGCACUAUUUCUCUAAGAAAAUCUAGUUCAUCUA